UUCAGACAGAACUACGAAGCCCUAUAUCUAGCUUUUAAGUUUAAUUUUUUUAUUUUUAUAGAACACACUUUACUCUGAGUAGAGUAACACGUUCUAAUACUGGUACACAAUAUGCAGCGGAUACCAACUGUUCUUGUUUUGUGCUAUUAUUUUUCAUAGGCAAAAACAUCACCAUGGCAUCCUCUCCUCGUCUUAUGUCCCUUCUCAUCCUGGUCUUGUCAUCUCAUGUGAUGCUGACCAACGCUCUCCGUCUGUGGGGUCUUCGAGCUGUCGGCCUGCCCGGCGAUGCGUUAGGCAAUCGUCCCGACCCAUAUGUGACGGUGUGGUGUGAUGGGCUCAUCGGCGGCAAAACUGAGGUCAUUACCGGCACACACAACCCCACGUGGAACAAAGGGUUUUCUUUAAGCUGCAAGACUGGGGCAACUCUGAAGAUGGAGGUGUGGGACAAAGACAUUAAAUAUGACGACUAUUUGGGUGUUUGUACCCAUAGAGUGUCAACUACGAGUGGAACUGGUAAAGAACUUACGUGUACCUCCUUGAAGAAAGGCACGUUUUACUACAGAUAUAAUGUCUAACAAAGAUAUCUGUAUUCUGUGUUCAUCAUGUGACCACAUGGAUGUAACUGUGUUCAAUAAAAUUGCAGGCUAUUAACAAAAA